AUGUCCCGCCACCCACAAGGCCACGGCCACGGCGACCCCAACCACCCAAACUACCCGCACCCGGGCUACCCCGAUCCCAACGCGUCCAACUCCAGCCCCGGUACUCCUUCGGGCGGCCUACCCUCACCCUCCUUUCCGCCUCCGAACAUGACCACAAACCAGAACCAGUCCAACACAGCCACCGCCGGCCCCUCCAACGCAAAUCACCCCAUCAACCAAGCCCAACAACAACAGUCACAACAAUCCUCCGACCGCACAGCAACAGCCCAAGCAGCCUCAACCCUCCUCUCCACCUUCCCCCCUUACGCCCACACCACCUCCGCCAUAACCUCUUUAUCGGCAAAACUCGACUCGCUCAAAGCGCGCCAGCGCAUCUUCCGCCGUCUUGCGCACGCCGCCGUGUUAUUCAGCUCCGACCACGAACUGCGCUAUUCUCUGCUAGACAAAUGCAACGACCUAGCGGAAUGCAUGAAGACGAAUCGAAGACUGAGAAAGGAGGUGGCAAAGAUGAAUGAAGUUGAGCUGCAGCUUUUUAGUAUUUCCAGUACUGUGAAGCAAUUGGUUCAGGACAUGGAGUGGGUUAGGGCGGAGGAUGUGCGGGGGUUUGUGGAGGGUGUUAGGGCUCAGAUGGUGCCUCAGCGGGGUAUAAUACUGAAUGGGAAUAGGAAUGGGAAUGGGAAUGAGGAGGGGACGCAAACGCAGAUACAGACACAAGGAGGGCAAGCGGCGGGAACGGUGCAGAUCCGCUUGGACAGAGGGAGGGGGGAUGUCGGGAGGAGGUUGAAUUAUUUGAUGGUUACUACUUGUCAGAGCCAUACUCAACAGACGCAAGGAGGUGGACAGGCGGUGGGAGGAGGAGGACAAGCUGGGCAAGCUGGGCAAGGAGAGACAUCAAUGACUGAGGUAAGUUCAAGACGAAGUUCAACGACAGCAACUGCAAGAACAACAAGAGGACAAGCAUACCCCCAACACCAACACCAACAACAACAACAACAACACCAAACACAACAACAACAAAGUCAACAGGCACAAAGUUACAUCGCCGCGCAAGUAGCAGCAAUGGGCGCUGCACAUGGUCAGCCAAUACAGCCACAAGGCCAAACGGAAGACACAACAACAACAACAACAACAACAACAACAUCAACAACAUCAACAACAUCAACAACAUCAGCAUGGAGUCCAGCAAACGCCAGUGCAGCAUCAAGUGCCGGGCGAGCGAGUCCAGGGCCAAGUGAGGGUAGUUCAACAGGCCUCGGAGGACAUGGCCCAAACCGAGCGAGAUGGUGGGACACAGUCAUCAUGGACUCGGAUACUGAUCAACGGAGGACGUCAAGGUCGGAAAGCAGUAGGAAUGUUCGAGGGCGAGGUGACGCAGGGACAGGGUCAGAUUGUGAGAUGGAGAUGUAG